ACAGCACUAAUGCCAGCACUGUUACAUGCAUAUGUUUAUGUAGCUAACACAUUUUCAAAUUUUCUGCAAUUUUGCAGCAUUACAUAGUGUACAUGGGGGAACACUCUCACCCCAAUUCAGAAUCGGUGGUUAGGGCCAAUCACAAAAUGCUUGCUUCAGUUACCGGAAGUUUUGAUGGAGCACAACGAGCGGCACUUCACCAUUACACCAAAAGCUUUAGAGGCUUCUCAGCUAUGCUUACACCAGAGCAGGCACAACAACUUGAAGCCAAUGAUUUGGUUGUUUCCGUGUUUGAGAGCAAGGUGAAUAAGCUCCACACAACACGCUCCUGGGAAUUUCUGGGGAUACAGUCUACACAUCAAUAUAAUCAGAUGCCAAUGAACUUGAAUUCAGAUAUCAUUGUUGGUGUCAUUGACACAGGAAUAUGGCCUGAAUCAAAGAGCUUUAAUGAUGAAGGAUUGGGUCCUAUACCAGAAAAAUUCAAGGGAGAGUGUGUUACUGGUGAACGUUUUACUUUGGCCAACUGCAACAGGAAGAUUAUAGGUGCCCGGUUCUAUUCACAAGGGUUUGAAGCAGAGUCUGGGCCUCUUGAAUCUUUUAACCUCCCAUUCUUCCGGUCAGCUCGAGAUAGUGAUGGGCAUGGAUCACACACUGCCUCAACAAUAGCUGGAUCCAUGGUAGCAAAUGUCAGCUUAUUUGGUAUGGCUAGCGGCACUGCAAGAGGUGGUGCACCAAAUGCCAGACUUGCCAUCUACAAGGCGUGUUGGUUUGACCUGUGCAGCGAUGCUGACAUUCUUUCUGCCCUGGAUGAUUCCAUUGGUGAUGGUGUUGAUAUCCUCUCUCUUUCCCUUGGCCCAGUUCCUCCCCAGCCUAUUUACUUUGAAAAUGCGAUCUCUAUUGGUACUUUCCAUGCAUUCCAAAGAGGGAUUCUAGUUUCAGCUUCCGCGGGAAACUCAGGUUUACCACAGACUGCUACCAACGUUGCGCCUUGGAUCCUUACUGUGGCUGCAAGCACAGUCGACAGGGAAUUCAAUUCAAACAUUUAUCUUGGAAAUUCGAAAGUUCUAAAGGGUUCCUCUUUAAACCCAAUCAAGAUGGAAACUUCUUAUGGUUUGAUAGCUGCAAGUUCUGCAGCUGCCCCAGGUGUUACAGCAAAGAAUGCAAGCUUUUGCAAGAACAAUACACUAAACCCAACCUUAGUUGGGAGGAAAAUAGUGGUGUGCACAAUUGAAACUGUUAAUGAUAACCGGAACGAAAAAAGCAUAUUCCUAAGAGAAGCUGGUGCUGUUGGAAUGAUACUAGUCGAUCCGUUGGUAAAAGAUGUUGGCUUUCAGUUCGUCAUCCCAGGCACUUUAAUUGGUCAAGAAGAAGCAGAAGAACUUCAAGCAUAUAUGAUUACAGCAAAGAAUCCAGUUGCUAGAAUCUCCUCGACUACAACAGUUCUGAACACUAAACCUGCACCAGAAGUGGCCGUAUUUUCUUCCAUGGGACCAAAUAUAAUAACUCCAGACAUUAUUAAGCCAGAUAUCACAGGACCUGGAGUGAAUAUUUUGGCAGCAUGGUCUCCAGUGGCAACUAAAGCUACAGCUGAACGAUCUGUCAAUUAUAACAUAAUCUCCGGCACCUCAAUGUCUUGCCCACACGUUUCUGCAGUUGCAGCAAUGUUAAAAUCUUACCAACCUUCCUGGAGUCCAGCAGCCAUAAUGUCUGCAAUAAUGACAACAGCAAUGGUCCUAGACAACACUCGACAUGCCAUAGGAAGGGAUCCAAAUGGCUCUCCCACCACGCCUUUUGACUAUGGAUCUGGACACAUCAACCCAGCUGCAGCAUUCAAUCCUGGACUUGUAUAUGAUUUUAAUUCCCAUGACAUCAUCAAUUUUCUCUGCAGCAAUGGUGCAACGCCUGCACAGUUGAAAAACCUUACAGGGAAACUAGUACAAUGCAAGAACCCUCCUACACCUUCCUACAAUUUUAAUUACCCUUCAAUUGGUGUUGCCAACAUGAAUGGAAAUUUAUCUGUUUAUCGAACAGUCACUUAUUAUGGUAAAAAUCCAACGACAUAUGCUGCAACUAUUGACUACCCAACUGGUGUAGAAGUUAGAGUCACGCCUGCUAAACUGAAGUUUACAAAGAUGGGGGACAAAAUGUCUUUCAGAGUUGAUUUCAUGCCCUACAAGAACAGCAAUGGGAGCUUUAUGUUUGGGGCAUUAACAUGGACCAAUGGUAUACAUAGGGUUAGGAGUUCUAUUGGUGUGAACGUGGUUUCAGUGUAGGAACAAGUGUUAACUCCAUAAGCUUGUCAGGUUUUGGGCUCUAAAACAUGAUUAUAUGUUACUCAUUAUCUCAUUUGUUGUUCUAAACAAGUCUUCAAG